UGAAAAAGAUCAUCUAGGAAUGAUCUCUUCAUAUUUUUAAAUUCAGUAUAAGUGUGUGUACCGACUCAGUAGAGGCCAGCGUUUGUUUCAGUUGUCCCAUAACCAGAACACCACCAGUGCGAGGAGGUGUUCUGCAGGUUAUAGAAACGCAUGCGAGGAGCUUCCUUCCAAGGAGCGUAGCACGCAUGAGCACAGUUCGGGUCCCCUUUACUGGCCCCUUCCCCCUACAUUAAAUAGCUUCAGAACCCACUGAAUACGAGUCAUCUCUUAAGCAAGAUGUUUCAUAAAGGCUACUUAAGUGUUUGAUUUUAAUCAUCACGUCUGAGUGCUGGCCUGCUAAUCUUUUCUGUUAUGUGACAGAAUCUGCCUUUGACAUCAUAGCUGUUUCAUAGCAACGCUGGCCCAAGUGAAAGAUGAGCUGCUCUAGCCUCCAGAAUGAAGGGCACAGGCCUAGGGUCAUGCGUCCUCUCCUCCAGAAAACACCUUCGGUGCCCUUGGGAAGGAAAAGUGCCUGGGAGGUGGAGAGGCGCUGCCUUUAAUCUCGGUACCUUGGUGGGAACAGUUGAUUUUAAAAGAGCUCUUGGCCCUUGUCUUCAUGAAUUUUCAUUUCUAUGUAAAAUUCCUUACACAGGAACAGUGUCUCUCACUUUACAAAGUAUUUUCGUGUACACUUUUUCAUUUGAUGCUCAAAAUGACCUUCCUGAAAUAGACAUGAAGGUUUUAACUUCCAAAGGAGAAAUCAGACAGCGGUUCAGGAAGGAUAAGUCACUUGCCUUCUCGUCCAGAGUUCUUAAUCCUUUUUAUAGAAGGUUUAGGAGCACUGAGAGUCAGUAACUUAGUUCAAGUUAGUCCUCUCUUUUAAGACUUGAUUUCUUAUUUGGUCAGAUUUAACUGGGGUUUUGAAACCCUUUAAAUUAGAUCCACAAUUUGGCGGGGAGGGGAAAGAGUGAGGGAAACUCACUCUUUGAAGUCAUGUGUUGAGGUGGUUUGGAAAUUCACUUCAGCCUCUGAGAUCUUUGUCUUCCCAAGAGGUGGAUUUAAAGUCAUUGAAAGAUUGGAAAGAAAGGAUUGGUAAGGGUGUCACUAACAAGCAGAGGUGGUAAAGCAGCAACAUUGUGACUCCUGCCUGUGGCCUCACCUGUUGUUAAGGACUGGACGUUGGCUUAUGAAGUGGCAAUGUUUUAUUGACAAUGCAUCCUGUCUUCCAACUUUGAAGGAUAUCUCAUGUCGAAGGAAUUGAGUUAAUGAUAUCAUGGAGGAGAUUCAACUGGAACACCUGGAGGUGCUGUCCGAGGGCGGUGACAUGUCUACUGAGACAUGAUGACGUUGGCCAUGAGUUUUAUCCUUGGAAGCCUGGUGUUGGCCUUCUGUCCGCCUUUUGUCAUGACUUUGCCUAAAACACUGGCCAUCCCUGAGAAGCUGCAAGAAGCUGUGGGGAAAGUCAUUGUCAACGCCACCACCUGUACGGUCACCUGUGGCCUUGGCUAUAAGGAGGAGACCGUCUGUGAGGUGGGCCCCGAUGGAGUGAGAAGGAAGUGUAAGUCUCAGCGCUUGGAAUGUCUGACCAACUGGGUCUGUGGGAUGCUCCAUUUCACCGUUCUCGCAGGCAAGAAAUUUGAGCUGAGCUGUCUGAGUUCAGACAUCCUGGAGAUCGGGCAGGAAGCGUUCCAGUUCACCUGGAGGCUUGCUCGGGGUAUCAUCUCCACUGAUGAUGAAGUCUUCAAGCCCUUCCGAGCCAGUUCCCACUUUGUGAAGUUUAGAUCUAUUCACGAGGAGGACUCUGGGACCUACCGGUGUGAUGUGCAGCUGUUAAAAAACUUGAGACUUGUCAAGAGGCUCUAUUUUGGGGUGAGGGUCCUUCCUCCUCAGUUGGUGAAGCUGGAUUUUCAGCAGUCCCUCACCGAGGAUCAGAAGUUAGUAGAUGAGGGCCUGGAAGUGGAUCUGGGUAACUAUUCCAGGCCUCCCCGUCCACCAUGGAGAAAGAAGGUGGCUAUAGCCUUGGGAAUAGGAAUUGCUAGUGGAGUGAUUGCCAGUGUGUCGUUGGGCAUUGCCUUGUGGAGUGGGCAGAGGGUGGGCCAUAGCAAUGCCAACCUUUAGACCUAAUAGGCCUUGCUCCUGAAGGGCUGGCUGCCCAGGAAGUGGGACUUGACUGCUCAGGAAGCCAAGCUCGAUUUUCAGGGGAGCAUUCUGGCUGCCUGAUUGUGGACCAGCCAGAGGGAGGGCUUCCAGAGCCAAAAGAGUGAGUGGGGAUGUGGAGAAGGGACAGCAUCCUGGUAGCAAUGGGCAGUAUCUCAACUGUGUCCCAGAUGGACCUCUUCUUGAACUUCCCUGCCCACUAGGUACCCAGAUAACCUUACUGCACGCAUCUCCCCUUCUGCCGGGGACAGUUCUGUCUUCCAAACUUGCAUUUAUUUUCUACCCUUCACAUCUUGAAUGCCUCCCCACCACCUCCUCCCUUCUGAGCAGCAUAAUCACAUAGAAGGGUAUAUAUUAGUAAUGGCUUUUCUAGUGGAAACACUUUUUUCCUCAAUAAAAAUAAUGGACAGUAGCUGAAUGGAGAUACAUCUUUCCUACUCUUUAGUUAAAAAUCACUUGCGCUUGUUUCAAUUGUCCCAUAAUCAGUUGGGCUUUCGUUUUCCUCAAAUUUCUUAGAAUAGAUAUUGAACAAAUUGCUUUGUAGUGGGGCAUAGGCCCCUGUGUACCAGAGCCAAGGUUAGCCAUGACAUCUGACUCAGUAUAUCAUAGACCCUCACUAAAUGUUAAUAAUUUAUUAGCCCCUCUCCACCCUCCCAGGUGCAUCCUCCCAGGUGAACUCUCUGUAUUCAGUGUAACAUUGAUUCCUGGCAAAACACGGAGUCUUCAUCUGACAGGUUUCCCCUGAAAAAUUCCCUGGCUUGCCCCCUGCUUCUCUCCUAGCUCUCUCUGUGCCCUGGAGCAUGUGUUCCUGGAAAGGUCAAGUGUAUUUGGUUUCUUACAGCAGCCAAGGCCCCUUAAGGGAGGAUUAGUACCUUCCUCCAUGGGAAAUCCAAUCUAAGACCCUCAGAGGCCAUUCAGACUGUCUGAGAUAAUUGGCUUGUAGAACCAGCAGGGAAAAGGCUCUUGGCUGCAGCUAAGCUAAUUCUGAGAAAAUUAUAGCAUUUCUUCACCUCACGUCUCUCUGGCUACAGAGGAGGUAGUAGAAACCAAGACUUGGACCAGUGGUUCUCUUCAAAAAACCCAAAACAAAACAUCAAACCCAUAGAGAAGUUGAAAGGUUUGGUGACACCCAUAGACUCUUUACCUAAAUUCAUCAACUUUGAACAUUUUGCUGCAAUGAUCUUCCUAAAUACUGAUUUUCCUGAACCACUUGAAAGCUAGUCACAGACACUGGCCUUUAGUCCUACAUUAUGUAUGCACCUCCUAAGAAGGGCAUUCCCUUGUGUGACGGCAAUAUCUUCAUCACAUCUAAGAAAAUGAACUGUCCCCUAAUCUCACAUAGAAUUGGUGUGUGUUUUUUAAUUUUCCUAAAAUCUUAGAGCUUUUUAAUUUAAUUUUUGAUCCAGGAGCAAGUGAAAGUUAACAUAUUACAUUUGGUUGUUUCUCUUACACCUUAUUUUACAACAGAUUGGCUGCUAUUUUUGUUGUUUUUCAUGACAUUGAUUUGGUUGAAGAGUUUAGCUAGGUCAGUUGUCUUGAAUAGUGUCCCAAAAUCUGGAUUUGUCAUUGUUUCCUGAUGAUAAGCUUCCGAGGAAUGAAUCUUAAACAUUUUGACAAGAGCCUAUGUAAACGAUGACAUGUACUUACUGCAUCACCUCAGUAGGUGCAUGAUGCCAGUUUGAACUGC